CUGCUGACUCCUACUGGAGCUACCGGAGUCGUCUACAGCUCGGAGAGACUAUCUUCCUUCUGGAGAACUAACGCAAGAAACAGGCAUGCACGCCAACAAGUGUGGAGACCAGGGGUCACACAGAGGAAAGGCUUUUGACUCAGCAAACCGUGCUAAUGAGGAGAAGCAGAUCAGCAAAGAAGUUACAUUCAGUAAAUGUGAUGAGAACCUGGAAAACAGGAGCGUCGCCGCUGGAAGGCCCACCAGCUCAGAGAAAAGGGUUGCGACUAUCAUAUUCUCCCUGAAAAAUGAAAUCGGUGGUCUUGUCAAAGCACUCAGGCUUUUCCAGGAAAAACACGUCAACCUUGUUCAUAUUGAGUCCCGCAAGUCCCAACGAAGGAAUUCAGACUUUGAGAUCUUUGUGGAUUGUGACACUGACCAUGAACAGCUCAAGGAGCUGACUCAGCUGCUGAGGAAGCAUACUGAUAUUGUUGAGAUUACUCCAUGUGAGGACUCCACUUUACCUGAUGAUGAUAUGGCCGGUGUACCCUGGUUCCCAAAGAAGAUCUCUGAUUUGGAUCUGUCUGCCAACAGGGUUCUGAUGUACGGCUCUGCAUUAGAUGCCGAUCAUCCGGGAUUUCAAGACAACAUUUACCGUAAAAGAAGAAAAUAUUUUGCUGAUUUGGCUAUGAGCUACAAAAUUGGCGAUCCUAUUCUCCGUAUCGACUUCACAACCGAGGAGGUGCGUACCUGGGGCGUGGUGUUCAGGGAGCUCAACAAGCUGUACCCCAGCCACGCCUGCAGGGAGUAUCUGAACAACCUCCCUCUGCUGACCAAACACUGUAACUACAGCCAGGACAACAUCCCCCAGCUGGAGGACGUCUCACACUUCCUCAAGGAGCACUCAGGCUUCAUCAUUCGGCCAGUAGCAGGGUACCUUUCCCCUAGAGACUUUCUAGCGGGUCUGGCCUUCAGAGUAUUCCACUGCACUCAGUAUGUCCGCCACAGCUCCGAGCCUUUGUAUACACCUGAACCAGACACAUGCCAUGAGCUGCUGGGACACGUUCCUCUGCUUGCUGAGCCCAGCUUCGCCCAGUUCUCUCAAGAAAUUGGUUUAGCAUCGCUGGGAGCUUCAGAUGAUGCUGUACAGAAACUGGCCACAUGUUAUUUCUUCACGGUGGAGUUUGGUCUGUGUAAGCAGGAUGGCAGGCUCAGGGCCUAUGGAGCUGGACUCCUCUCCUCCAUCAGUGAACUCCAGCAUGCUUUGUCUGGCAAGGCCAAUAUCCUUCCGUUUGACCCCGUGGUGACCUGUAACCAGGAGUGCAAAAUAACUACGUUCCAAGACGUUUACUUUGUUUCCGAGAGCUUUGAGGAAGCCAAGAACAAAAUGAGGGAGUUUGCAAAGACCAUUUGGCGUCCAUUCACGGUACGCUACGACCCAUACACCCAGAGCGUGGACGUCCUGAAGGACACCAACAGCAUCAAUGACAUGGUGAAAGACAUCCGGCAUGAGCUGGACAUUGUAGAAGACGCCCUGAACCGACUCAACAAAGACCUGAGAGUCUGAGGGUCAGAAGAGGCUAGCUGGGGUUGAAAGGUUUG